AUGCUGACCCAGAUUCUUUUAGGCGAGUAUCGUGGGGCGUUGACUGAGGGUGCUCGUUACGAUAAACGGAAUGAUACGUUAAUAUGGGUGGAUAUAAUUGCAGCCGAAAUUCAUCGAGUUUGUUUGAAAAAUCCAGAAGCGAGUCACGAGGUUAUCAAGUUUUCCUCGCCCUCGGAAUCUAUUGGAGCCAUUGCAUUGACAUCAAAUCCCGAUAUUUUGGUGGCGUGUGCCAAACAUGGUGUUGCUUAUGCCAAUUUUGAGAGUGGAAAAAUUGAGUAUUUUUUGAAAUAUCCACAUCAAAGUAGUCGUCUUCGGUCCAAUGAUGGUAUAAUUGACCCAUGGGGUCAUUUGUGGAUCGGAGUCAUGACCGAUUUCCACGUUGGAGAUGUUGUCGCCGAGGGUAAAUUGUACCGAAUUAACUGCCAUAGUCUUCAAAUUGAAACUAUGAUUGAUCAAUGUUACAUUCCGAACGGUAUGGCAUUCAGUAGUGAUGGUCGCAAGUUGUUUUGGACCGAUUCCAUUGCCGGGGUGAUUGUGGAGUACGAUUACGAUGUUCUGCGCAACGAACUUUGCAACAAAAAAGAAGUUUUGAAUGUUAAAAAAAGCUUGAAAUACAGAGAUUUUGCUCCUGACGGCAUGUGUAUGACGAAAACCAACAAUAUAUUUGCUGCUAUGUUCAAUGGGUCGAGAGUUACACACAUUGAUUCUGUGGGUAAUGUUGUUGAAGAUAUUGCAAUUCCAGCCAAAUGUGUCACCAAUGCUCAUAUUGGAGGCUCAAACAACGACCAAUUGUUUGUGAACACAGCGCACGUCGACCAUGAAGAAAAGGGAUUUGUUCCAAAUGCCAACGAUAAAGAGGGAGAUUCGGGCGGAUACUUGUUCAAGAUUCAAUUGGAUAGAUCUUAUGAACCACAGCCAAAUUAUAUAUGGGGAGGAAGAGUUUAG